GACAACAUUUAAGCUCUCACCUUAAACAUAUGUGAAUAAUUUAUGGAAGCAGGAAGCGAAGUAAACUAAUCAAGAGAAUAUGACAAAGAUUCCUUUGAAUGACACAGAAUUUGAAUAUCUAAGAACUACACUUAUAUCAGAAUCAACAAGUGUUUCAGAUAAAUUUGAUAAGCUGUAUUAUUCUAAAGGAUACCUUACAGGAAGGCAGGCUGCUGCCAUUUUAGCUUGUUAUAAAACAGCUCCAGAAAGAGUCCGGGUGAUAAAAGCUUUACAAAAAAGAUUAUGCCGUAUGACAUGUGCUGAAGCAAUUGAAAUAUUAAAUGUUUUACAAUCAACCAAUUAUGAUCGAUUAUUUGCAUUAGACUGCAUUAAACAUACAUUAGUUGAUCAUGAAACAACUGACGGCAUUGAAUAUAUCUUGAAAGCUUUUGUUUAUGAAACUGACAAAUUGAAAGCCUUACAAAUAUUGUCAACUGUUAGUAUGUAUGUUAGAAAAGAGUUAGCCAGUGGUGGACAUCAAGUUUAUGCACCAUUUGGUGGUCUUUAUACCCAAAGCUUUCCAGGUUGUGAGGCCCUCUAUGGACCAGUUAGUGAACAAAUGGCUCUCAAAGAUCAUUUAGUAAAGCCUUCCCUUCCAGUAACAGUAAAUGUACAUCCAUCACUGUCAAUAUUUCAUUCAUCACCAUCAUAUAAAUAUAUAGGUGAUUUAAACCGUUCAUGGUACCCCGGUGGUGGUAGACCACCUUUACCACCAACAAUGGCGGAACAUGUUAAAAUAGGUCCACCAAAACAAGUAGCUGAAAGUGAGCCGGGUUUUCUCGAAAAAUCCCCCAACUUCCAUGAUAACAAUGCUAAUAAUACCAAUAACGUAUGUUUAACUGCUGAAUAAUUUUAUAAAAGCAAAUAAAUCGUCAUCUAUUUGUAAGCAGGCAGAAACUGAUUGUCGUUUUUAAUAUUAUUUUAUUACACAUUGAUUUUUUUAUCCAUUGUGAAACCAGUUAGAAGGAAAUGAAUUUUUCACACUUGCGAUUAUUAGAUAAAUGCAAGUCGUAAGUAAUUAAACAUUUUUUCCAUCUGGAAGAACCAGAUUUCUUUGCUUAAAUUAGACAUAAAAUAUGACAUUCAAAAGGAUUAUUGAUAUUUUUGCUCACAAUUUUGUAAGAAUAUACAAUUGAAUAUAUAUGAUCAAUCAGUAUUUUACUAUUGAAGAAUAUGAGAUGUAGAUUUUUAAACUUUUUCUUCAUGGGUUAGUUAACUAUCAUAAGAAAAAAAAC